ACCCUAUGCGCGAGCUGCGCAUCCAGAAGCUCGUGCUCAACAUCUCUGUCGGCGAGUCUGGUGACAGACUUACCCGCGCUGCCAAGGUGCUCGAGCAGCUGAGCGGUCAGACUCCGGUCUACAGCAAGGCCCGUUACACCGUCCGUACCUUCGGUAUCCGCCGUAACGAGAAGAUCUCCGUCCACGUCACCGUCCGUGGCCCCAAGGCUGAGGAGAUUCUUGAGCGUGGCCUCAAGGUCAAGGAGUACGAGCUCCGCAAGCGCAACUUCUCCGAGACCGGUAACUUCGGUUUCGGUAUCUCCGAGCACAUCGAUCUUGGUAUCAAGUACGACCCCGGCAUCGGUAUCUACGGCAUGGACUUCUACUGCUGCAUGACCCGCCCCGGUGAGCGUGUUGCCAAGCGCCGCCGCUGCAAGGCCAGAAUCGGUUCCCAGCACCGCAUCAACCAGAACGAGACCAUCAAGUGGUUCAAGAACCGCUUCGACGGUAUCGUCCGGUAAAUGCCUUUUUUUUUCUCUAAAAAAAGAAAGAAAAACCAUUGAUUUUCUUCUCCCCUAUGAAAGUCUUCAAUGACGGGAAGAGGGAAAAGGAAAACAAUUCGAAAGGGCUGCAUGCUUAAUGACGGAAAGGAACCCCGAAAAAUCCGGACCGAACGAAAAGAAAUGGACAGAAAAGAGGCAGGCGUUUUUCUUUCCAACUUUUUUUUU